AUGAAUACUCCGGACUACCUAGAAAUGACGGUGUUCUCAAAGGACAAGGCCGUCGUGAUGGUCGGAAACCUGGCGGACGCGAAAACCCCCGAAGAGCUGGGAAAAGUGAACCACCUGGCGCGCUGGUACAAGCCCUGGUUCUACAAGCACGUGGAGGGAUUCCUCCAGCGGGAGGAGGGCGAGGAGUUCGUCCCGCUCAGGGAGUAUUUGCUCAGGCACAAUCGGGCGAUCUUCUGGGUCGUGGAGUCCAUGAUUCCCUUUGGGAAUAAUCCAGUCUUCAGGUUCUUUCUUGGGUGGCUGCUGCCGCCGAAGGUGGCUUUUCUCAAGUUCACCACGACUCCCGGCGUCCGGGCGAUGACGUUCACCAAACAGGCAAACAUCGUCCUCCCGCUGAACAUCCUUGAGGAACAGAUCGACAAGGCAACGGAACUCUUCGACACCUUCCCCCUCCUCGUCUACCCAUGUCGGAUCCUGAACCACGGCCAGGCGGGCCAGUUGCGACCCCCAAGAAAAGACCAGAUGGUGCCCGGCGCCAACUACGGCAUGUUCAACGACCUCGGCGUCUACGGCGUCCCCGGCCCGGUGAAGAAAAAGCAGCCAUUCGACGCCGUCAAGGCCAUGAGGGCGAUGGAGAAGUUCAUCCGAGACGUUGGCGGCUAUUCGUUUCUAUACGCGGACAACUUCAUGACCCGCGAGGAGUUCGAGGUCAUGUUCGACCUGACCUCGUAUGAACGAGUGCGGAAGAAGUACCACGCCGAGGGGGCAUUCCCGCAUCUCUACGACAAGGUGAAGCCCGAGAUCGACGUCUUCCAAGUGGGAAAGCAAUACGUGAAUCCAUUGUGAUUUCUGAGGAAAUUGCCCUUUUUCCCCACGGCUUCCCGCGCGUCAUCGAAGAAUAAAGGGGAUUCUUCAUGC